AUGGAGACGCCCGCCGCGAGCUCACUUGUGCGCUCUCCUGGAGUUUCCGCCCCUUCCAACAAGUCCUCUCGCGGCCCGCCAAAGCGCAAGAGGACCAGUGACAGCGAUGCUGUCUCCAAUAAUGACACCUCAGCUUCUCGGCCCCGGGGCUGUGACGACUACAUGAGCUCUUUUCAGCUCGCCAGUCCAAGUCACGCCGAUGCGGCUUAUACACAUACACACGCUCAUGCGAGCACACUGUCUUCGCCCCCAGGUUCUGCUUUGGCUGCCACCAGAGAAAUACCACCGGCGGCGGUGGCGGUCCUACCAGGCCCCGGCCACGUACCGGUACAUGUGCCCGUAGCCGGUCUGCAAACACAACCCCAGGCCUAUCAAGAAUAUCAGCUGCAGAGCACAGGCAGCGGUCCAUCAGGCCAUUUUCGCGACCAAGAUCGCUGUGCUGAGCCUGUCUUUGGCCACGGCAACGCUGCCAUGCCGAUCGCUGGCGCUGAAGCUCCGACAGCGUACAGCCCUCGCUCCACCGCCGUGCCGCCGGCCUCGACUUACAACCAACAAUAUCAGCAAACCCGGUGGCUUGUCCUGGGCCCGCCUGGCGAUGCCGUCGCCCAGUCUCCCUUCCCGCCUGUCCUGUCGAACUCGCCUCCCCAGGCUGUGCCACUACAGUCGAUUCAUAUGGGUGGCCCCGUCUUUCCGCCGCCCUUCAACACAGUCUCACCGCAUCAAUUGAGUCUUCCGGGACAGGAGAACGUCUUACUAGCUGAUGCCAACCUCGGGACGCCUUAUCCAUCCGUUCAAGCAUUUCAGCCACACGCCUUUGGCCUGAGUCAACAUAUGGUCUCGGGUGAAGCAGGUAUCCCUCUUCAUCCCCAUCAUCAGCAUCAUCUGUCUCACCCUCAACCUCCCCCUCAUCCUCAUUCUCAGCCUUAUAUCCAUCCUCAUUCCCCUCCUCAUCAUCAUCCUCAUCCUCAUCCACCACCACCACCACCACCACCACCACCUCUCUCUCAUCCCUAUCACCCUGGUGAUUACAGUUCAGUUCUCCAGGUUCAAGGUGGUUCCGAGCAGCUCGCAGAGAGACAGUCACCCUUUCAGGUGCCGACUCCUUUACUGUACCUGCCUUAUAAUGACCCGCGAUUGAGGCCUCAAGGCUAUACAGAUAACAGACCACAACCCGGAUAUCCCCAACCACCUUCCGAGCAGCCGACCAUGGGUGGAGGACCUCAGUUUCCCAUGAGCCACCAACAGGCCCCCGCAGAUGGCUAUCCAGCACAAACGCCUACGGCUCCGGUUCCUUCUGUUCCUAUGACUCCGGGAAGCGCUGUCUCACCCAGUCAUACCGGCUCUGGGACAGCAAUUGGCGAAUUGGAUGCUCAAGGCCAGGGCAGCUCCUCGUACGGGCAGCCCCCGGACUUGAGUGGAAAUGACGAAGGCGACAUCGAUGAAGAGCCUCAGGAAGACUGUAUCGUGUGUGAUUUCGGCCUGCCAGACUAUGAGAACACGGCCGACGCUAUGGAUGCCGAUUCCAAUGCUGACGCCGAUGCCGACGCCGAUGUUGAUGCCGAUGCUGAGGCCGAUGCUGAUGCCGAUGCUGAUCCUGACGUCCACGAUGCCUCACCCGCAGGCGCGGUACAACAGGAGUCAUCUUCAGCUACGGCGGAGGAGGACGCGGCAUCCUCUGCGGCAUCAAACAAGCCAAGGCGAAGCCCGCUCAACCCCGAUCAACGGAAGCAGGCGGCAGAGACGAGAAAGAUCAAGGCUUGUACACGAUGUCGGAUGCAAAAGAUGCGGUGUGACCCUGAUCCUGACGACCCGAUGGGAGCCUGUAUCGGAUGCCAGACGUUUUCCAGAACGUCGAAGAAGACGAUCCAUCGAAUGCCGUGCUACCGCGGAAAGGUUACAGAUGCCGUCUUGUUCCGCAGCGGAGGGCUCGAGCUCACCAAACGCUGGAAGGGCACGGAGAUGAGGGACGUGACGGAUCGAAUCAACCCCAAGGACAUCCGUACGAUCAAAUUCACUCUGGGUAUAUGCGAGGAGCCCAUCACGGUGGAGGUCGUCGCAUUUCAGCCGCAAUCUGGAGACGUGACUGCGAGAUACUGGAUGGUGCCUGACGGCGAGCUCGGAGUGCGCAAGAAGAAGGAUCUAGCCCACUAUUGCUUGUUCAGCAUCCAAAAGACGGCGGACUAUUUCGAGGAAUACAUCAAGAAGCACGCGGUUAACGUGAUGAAGUUGGAGCGAGCGGGUGGUAAGGGGGACCCUCGAGACAUUCUUGAGCGCACAUAUGACUACAUUAUCAAGCGCUAUCAAGAUCUUUCGGCCAGAUUCGAACUCACCGGAAAUGAAGAGAAAGAGUUCAAAUUCUUGGGCCACAUGAUUAUCCUCUGGUUUGCCAUGCGCCACUCGACCGGAUCCUCGUGGCUUCUUGGCCAAGAACUACUGGGGAUGAAGCCCGAGACGAGAGACGACACCUAUCCCCUGUUUGGCAAAGUGUCGGUGCCUCGCAUGAUUCUGGCGCAGUUCGACAGCAUCAACCACACGCGGCUCCUCAGCAAGUACGGUAAGCUGGUGCUAAACGAGCUGGAGUCCAUCAUGUCGCGGAACCAGCCACAGCACUUCUUCCUCGUCUAUGCCUGCAUGUUCAUGCUGCUCCGGGAAGCGAGCUGGAUCAGCGAGGACCGGUAUCGUCACGCACGAAACAAUCUCGGCCAGAGUCACUGGCACUACUUCAACUGCAAGGCCUGGCCACAUCCGAGUGAGAAGGAUGAGAGAUACAAAGGCCCCCUGGCUGAUCGUGCCGUGCAGGGGCAACUGGACGUCUGGAGACGCUACAAGGCAGACAAUGGACAUGUGACCAAGCCCGCUCCCAACGACGUCGGGGGAAGGCCGUACGAGGGACGCCAAGUCUUUUACGACUGGGAUCAUCCGUUUUACUGGGUUUCGCAGCUGUUUGAGGAGGAGUGGCAUCCGCAUGCGACGUACCAGCGGGAGUACAUUGAGUAAGGCAACGGAGCACGACAGGUGCAGGAAAUGCACGGACAGCGAUUGGUUUGCAUCGCAUAUAGACGCGGUGAUGGGGCUUUUACGGGGUCGAAGGGUUGUAUAAAUUGGGUACACGAU